AUGAGCUGGCGAGGACGUGGACAAUCUCGUGGCAAUCGUGGCGGCAAUCGUGGCGGUUUCCAACAACGCAACGACUUUGAUGAUUCCUUUCUUGGUGGAGGAGGCGGUGGCAGUAGCAGCAACAGUUCCUCAAGUGUGCUAUCACGAUUGGGACCCAUGAAUGGUGGUGGUGGCGGUGGUGGCGGUGGCCAUCAGGAUAGAUUCUCGGACAACUUCCGUUCCAAUGGACCUCGUGGUGGCGGUGGAAACCGUUCAUUCGAUAAUAGCCGUCAAUACAACGAUCGCCAGUAUGACGACCGCAACUACAACAACGACCGACGCUACAACGAUGGCGGUGGUAAUUUCAACAACCGUGGUGGAGGAAGAGGUGGUUUUCGAUCAGACAACCAAAGGUUUCAACAACAACAAUCCUCCAACCGAGGAAGAGGACGAGGUGGAGGUGGAGGUGGACGUCGACAAUAUACACGCAAGUUCGUGGAUGAAGAUAUCGAAAUGGGUCAAUCCAUCAAUAUUCCACCUGGCGCUAUAGUUGUUAGCAUCACGGGCCAUCCUGAAGGCACAGAUGACAAGCUAUUGGGAUUCCUGCAACGCAAAGUCAGAGUACCUUGGGAAGCACGUAGUUAUCAAUCUUCUGGUGGUACCAUGUAUAUUGAAGUCGGCACAGAUGAAGAAGCCAACGGCAUUUGCAGGUGUAACAACUAUCAAUUUUACGGCGUAGAUCUAAAGAUUAGGAGAGAAGAUGAAGGUGGUAAUGGACCCAGGAGCACACAACCAAGACGAGGUGGUGGUGGAAAUUCUGCCGCACUACAAGAAUUCUUACAAGAACGAUGGGAUCCCCAAAACGGUUUUCUCAGCUUGGAUGAAUUACCACAAACAAAACACGGCAUUGGACUUGUCAUAUCUAAAUUGCUGUCAGCUGCAAAUGAUUUAUAUGGUGAUAACGUGAUUACCAUAUCAUUUGCCAGAAACGGUCUUUGGAGUUUGAAGCCAUUACAGAGCCUUGCUGAUAUUUUCCCUCGGAUUCAAAACCUCUCUGUUCAAGAUAACGACAUUGCAGAAUUUCGAUCUCUGGAUGCAUUUGCCAAAAAGAACCUACCCAACUUGACAGAACUUUUGUUGAUGGGCAAUCCUAUACAAACGAACAACCCCUGGGAUAGAUAUCAAAGUGAGGUUUUACAACGUUUUCCCAAUGUUGCUAUGCUCGAUAUGCAACCCGUUGGAAAUGCACCACCGCCACAGCAAGGCAUGAGCCCAUCAUCCUCUACUGGUUUUGCACCCACCAACAUAUCAACACCACCACAACCAGGAGCCGGCUUACCUAUGGGUACACCUCAAGUACAAGGCAGCUUUUAUGAUGGUGAAAAUUCACGACAAGCAACCGAAGACUUUUUGACAAAAUUCUUCCCACUUUUCGAUUCCAACAGGCAAGCUCUGGUUGAUUUGUAUGAUCCACAGGCUGGAUUCUCGAUUGGAGUGAGCAGCAUGGCAGCCAAGGGAAGCUGGGGUCAAUUACCACGACUUACCAUGGGCAAUGAAAAUAUCAUCAAGCGCAUGUUGACACUUCCACCCACUAUCCAUGGUUUGAGCAGACCUGAAAAUUUUGUGAUGGAUGCUUGGCAAACACAAGGAUCACAAACCCAUCCAGUGAUUCUUUUCCUUACGGUGCAUGGUGAAUUCAAUGAAGCUACCGGUGCAAAGGGCGCGCAAUAUUCUUUUGAUCGUGCUAUGCUUGUGGCUCCAGCAAUUGCAGGCUCAAGAGCACAAUUGGCUGGGUGGCAAUACGUUAUCUUAUCCGACUCACUCAUGGUGCGCGAUUACACUGGCAACAUGGGCUUUCGACCAACAGCAUAG